GCGGAACAAUAAUUUGAAGGUGGAUUCCAGUCGGCGUGUAAACAGUGUAGCACACUAGUAUGUCCAGUGCUUUCGCAGCUUGGAGGUUAUUUAGAUGUAGAAUAUUGAAUGAGGACAUUACUGAAACUGAGGUGUAGUUUUCUCCAGGAGCCAUGAAACUGUUCCACUGUCUCCGUCAUGUCGACAAGUUCAGAUCCGUGUUUGACUUCGGCGGCCGGGAGGUGGCUCACUGGUUCCCCGGACACAUGGCUAAAGGACUGAAGCAGAUGAGAGCCAGUCUGAAGAAAGUGGACUGUAUCAUAGAAAUACAUGAUGCCAGAAUCCCAUUCUCUGGAAGGAACCCUUUGUUUCAGGAGACUCUCGAUGUUAGGCCACAUGUGCUCAUUCUCAACAAGAUGGACCUAGCGGAUAUGACAAACAAGCAGAGGAUCCUGAAGAAGCUGGAAAAAGAUGGGGUGCAGAACGUUCUGUUCACAGACUGUUUGAAGCAGAGAGAUGACAGCAUCAAAAAGUUGGUGCCGAUGGUGCUGGAAAUUAUAGGGUUGGGACCACGUUUUAACAGAGAUGAGAACCCAAAUUACUGCCUGAUGGUGAUUGGAGUCCCCAAUGUGGGGAAGUCAUCUCUUAUUAACUCAUUAAGGAGAACGAACUUGAAAAAAGGUCGUGCAUCUCGAGUGGGUGGAGAGCCUGGUAUAACUAAAGCGGUUCUGACUAGAAUUCAGGUGUGCGAGCGACCCAUAAUGCACCUGUUGGACACGCCAGGAGUCCUGCCUCCUAAGAUCGAAAGUGUUGAGACAGGCAUGAAGCUGGCUUUAUGUGGAACUAUACUGGACCAUUUAGUUGGUGAAGAUGUGAUAGCUGACUACCUACUCUACUCUCUGAACAGGCAGGAAAAGUUCAGUUACGUGGAAAAAUACAGUCUCCCUGAGCCCAGUGAUGACAUCCAGCAUGUUCUCAAACGCAUCGCUGUAAAACUCAGAAAGACACAACGGGUCAAAGCCAUCACUGGAGUUGGCAACAUCACAGUGACCAUCCCGAACUACACAGCAGCAGCUUACGAUUUCAUCCGGGCUUUCAGGAAAGGAGAGCUGGGACGAGUCAUAUUGGACUGAGCUGAGCCAUCCAGAGACUGUUGCAGGAUUUUGUCCUCGACCAGAAAGGAUUCCUAUUUAACCACAAAGGUGUCCUCCAGGAAAUAUUGUCCCAUUUUGAGGACAUGAUAAAUUCUCUUUUGUUCAUCGCUGAUGUACAAAAUUCAACAACUGUGUUCUCUGUAAAAAAAAGUUUUUUUUCCGCUUUGCAUUUUGCACAUGAGGAAGAAAUCUGACAUGGUGUAAACUGGAUAUUUAUUAGCAUAAAGACAUAGAUAACAAA